CCUGCAUGUGGAGCUGUUCACGCAGGGAUUUAAAUGGAAAAAAGCGUCGCUGCUCUUCCCCCUUCAUCUGCACUGCGCCACCCUGAGCUGUUCUUGGGUUGCUGGUCCACCAGAAGCCUUUGUUAGCUAAACGCAGAUCUACUUGUCCUUCUUUCCCAGCGUAUGACAGACUUCAGCUGAACCAGCUGCAGGGACUGCUGCAGCUUCACAGAGGACACCGAGGAAUCCUGAUUUGAAGUUCCGGCGGCGCACCAAAAAGUCCCAAGCAACCCGAACGUGGAGGGCCAGUGGAGGGAAAACAGGGGAGCUUGCCAGAGGGCUUCACCAAGUGACCUUUCAGUGCUGCCCUUAACCCUUUUGGCCCAGCUCGGGCCGCUCGUCUCUAGCGACUGACUUUCCCCUCCCGCCCCGCAACCCUUCCCGGGGCGGAACCGCACCGACUUCGCCCGCCCCGCGAUCUGAGCCCGCCCCCGGCCCCGGUGCUCUCGUCUUUUUGCGGCGGCGACGUGAUGUCCGGCAUGUGGCUGGUGCUGGCGGCGGUGCUGGCUGCCGCGGGGGCGCAGUACGAGCGCUACAGCUUCCGCAGCUUCCCGCGGGACGAGCUCAUGCCCCUCGAGUCCGCAUACCGCUACGGCCUGGACCAGUACAGCACCGAAAACUGGCUCGAGAGCGUCAAUUAUCUGGAGGUCAGCAUGCGGCUCUACCGACUGCUGCGGGACAGCGAGGCAUUCUGUCACCGCAACUGCAGCUCCGCCGGGCAGCCCCCCGCCGCUGCCGCCGCCCCCACUGCCGGCGGAGAGCUGGCCGAGUUGCGCCUCCUGGCCGGAGUGCUGCGGCGGGCCCAGUGCCUGCGGCGCUGCAAGCAGGGGCUGCCCGCUUUCCGCCAGGCCCAGCCCGGCCGAGACCUGCUCCAGGAAUUCCAGCAUCGGGAGCCCUACAAGUAUCUGCAGUUUGCCUACUUCAAGUCUAAUAAUCUUCCAAAAGCUAUUGCAGCAGCUCACACGUUUCUUCUGAAGCAUCCAGAGGAUGAAAUGAUGCAAAGAAAUAUGGCCUACUAUAAGAGCAUACCAGAUGCUGAGGAGCAUAUUAAAGACUUGGAGACAAAGCCUUAUGAGAAUCUCUUUGUCAGGGCUGUGAGAGCAUACAAUGGUGACAACUGGAGAACGUCCAUCUCGGACAUGGAACUGGCUCUUCCUGAUUUCUUCAAAGCCUACGAUGACUGUACAGCGACCUGCGAAGGCUCCCGAGAGAUCACAGAUUUUAAAGACUUCUACCUCUCCAUUGCAGAUCAUUAUAUCGAAGUCCUUGCAUGCAAAGUGCAGUGUGAGAGUAAUCUGACACCUAUUAUAGGAGGCUUUGUCGUUGAGAAGUUUGUGGCCACCAUGUACCAUUACUUGCAGUUUGCUUAUUAUAAAUUGAAUGACAUGAAGAACGCGGCGUCUUGUGCUGCUAGUUACCUUCUGUUUGACCAGAAUGAUGAAGUAAUGAAGCAGAACAUGGUCUAUUAUCAGUACCACAAGGACAAAUGGGGACUUACAGAAGAGGAUUUCCAGCCCAGAUCGGAGGCAGUUCGGUACCACAACAUAACCACACUCCAGUUGGAAAUGUAUGAGUUUGCAAAGGAGCACCUGAUGGAUGAUGAUGAGGGUGAAGUUGUGGAAUUCCUCGAUGACCUGUUGGAAGUGGAGGAAAAGAAGGAAUCCUCAUGAAUGAAAUCACCGCAAAGUAUUUUACGGAAGUGAAAACUUCCCAUUCCUCCUUACUAUUGUUUUUGGUCACCCUGUAGUUCCAGUUAGAUAUACCUCAAAACUGCUCCUUUAAGCUCCACUUUAUGCCACAAACCCCACCCCUAAAAGAUCACUUCCAUGCUGCACUGAUUCUCCUGUGAGCAUGGCUUUUCACUGUGCCUUUGCAGAAGUGGUGCCUGUGGGGUUUCCUCUUGAGCUUGCUUUCCUGUACACAAACACAACAGAACAGACUGUUUAGGCUAGCACCACAGUUCCUCAUUUCAGUACUGUUCUACUGAACUAUAACAGUGCUGCUAAGAUUCCAAAGAACUUUUGUCAGAUUGUGAACCACAGAAGAUAUAACAGUGCCUUUAAACUUUCUAAGCUAUAUAUUUUAUUAUUUAUAUAUGUCUUUUUCUGUGAUGAUGAAUACAGUGAUACUGAAUCCCAGUGCAGCCAAAAGAUUUAAAUAGCUGAAAUAAGAUGGGAGGCAUUGGAAGGGACUCUUGGAGGUCUAUGAAUUAAGAUGGUUAACAAAGCACAACAUAAAAGCUGUUUGAAGAAUUCUGUAAGCAGUUUUGAUCUGUCUUAAAAGGUAAAUUAAAUUCCAUGAAGUGAAACAGAGGUCAUUUAGAACUGAAUAAUAAAUAAUUCCUUCUUUUUACUGUUUCUUAA